AUGAAACCCAUCAUCUCCGUAGCUCUCCCCUUGGCUUCAAAAGCUCUUGGGCAAGACCCUGGAUUGCCGGUUGCCAAUCCCACCAUAUCCUACUGGCAACUCCCCCCUUCGGAGGGAGUCGCGGAUCAUCAGUCCGAACACCUUCCGACGGAUGCGGAUGUUGUCAUUAUAGGCUCGGGAAUGUCGGGGACUAGUAUUGCCUGGCAUCUCCUCAAGGAGAACAAUAGCUCUACGCCGCUGAGAGUAGCCAUGAUCGAAGCUCGACAGGCUUGCUCUGGUGCUACAGGAAGAAACGGAGGCCACAUCAGACCGUCUUCCUAUGCCGAGUAUGCCGGCGCCAAGACGGUAGUAUCACAGUCAGAAGCCGCCAAGAUCACCAGGUUGCGAUCCGCUCAUGUAGACGCCUUGAUCUCCGCAGCUAACUCUCUUCCGGAAGAGGGCAGACUGGCUGCAGAAGCUCGUGUUGUGGAUAGCAUCGACGCCUUCUUCGAUGAAGAGAGAUGGAGGACAGCUGUCGAACAGGUCAAGACCCUCAAGGAUGAAGUUCCAGACGUUGGGGCUGAAUGGUCCAUCUUUGAAAGUGAAGAAGCCCGUAACGUGAGUCAUCAUAGUCCUCCAAAUUUGGUAUGCAAGCUCACAAUAUAA